GGCACCCAAAAAAUAUCACCGACGUGGAUCAAGUAUUUCCCAGCAGGCAUAGCAGUGAACGGAAGCAGCCUGAACGGUUUGAGCCCACUGAGUGAUUUCCAAGGUCUGGGCAGCGGUCUGAACGGGAUCACCAACGGCUUUGCUGGAAUAAACACGAUCAAUGGCCUGGGGACGAUUAACGGCUUAGCCACCAUCAACACAACCGCUGGAAACUUUGCAAUCAACACCGGGGGCGCAUCUACGAAUGGAAUCAGUUCGGUGAACGGGACAAAUCAGGCACGGAUGAACCAAAUUAACGGGUUUGCGGGUUUGAACACUAUCAACGGUAUUACGGGUAUUAAUGGUCUUCAGGGAAUAAACACUAUCAACGGUAUAGGAUUGAAUGGGAUAAACGCGACAUUUGGGAACAGUUUGGGAAAUAUGUCCGCAUUUAAUGGAUUGAAUGGGUUUCAAACGGACAACGGGAACACUAAUGGAUUGAACGGGACAGGCGAGGGUAUCCAAUGGUCGCAUAAUCCCAUUGUCUGUUUUUCUGAUGCAAUUCUAACAAACGGCAACGCUCAACAGCAAAGUAACGGCACGGCACGAACCACGACGAUCAUCCCCGAAGUACAGUUACCGUUCGCGCUCGCGUCACGCAUGGACACGCAAGGUGCUUCGAACACAACGUGCACCUCGAUUUACGCUCCCGUGAACACGAACGGAGGGAAAGCUGCGACGUUUACCGUUUCGAAUCAAAUCGCCAACGGGAUUCCAACCGUCCAACUCUCGAGGCAAAUUGGGAAUGACUUCAAUGCGCCUAUCAUGAAGUUUGUUAAUACACCAACCUUCCUGCCUGUCAGACCUUGA